AACUGCCUCAACCCAUUUGGCUUCCCCAAAAUUUGCAAUUUCUCUUAAAUUCUAGAAACCUCUCCUCUCUCUGUCUAAAACCCUAUAGAAAGAGAAACAAAGGAGAGAGGGUUUUACUUCAUUUAUCAGUCUCUUAUCACUUAUCUUCAUCCACCUUCCAUGGCGCCUGUUCUCAGCAGGAGUUUACAAUCUGCUUCUUUGGCUUCUCUUCCCUCUUCUUCUUCUUCAUUUGCCCUAAAAAGCAAAGUAUUCAACCUUAGCAGCAGUUUUUGCCCACAUAAUAAAUUGCCCAGAAAUUGUCCUAAAUUUAGCAUUUCUAAGAAUUUUCGAAGGAAACCCAAUAAAUUAUCUGUUCGAUGUGAUGCUGCUGUUGCUGAACAAGAGGCUCCUGAGGCUUCUGGUGAGAAGUUUGAGUAUCAAGCUGAGGUGAGUAGGUUGUUGGAUUUGAUUGUCCAUAGUCUAUACAGUCAUAAGGAAGUGUUUCUUAGAGAACUUGUCAGUAAUGCAAGUGAUGCAUUGGACAAGCUAAGAUUUUUAAGUGUCACCGAGCCCUCUUUGUUAGGAGAAGCAGGAGAACUUGAGAUUCGCAUCAAACCUGAUCCUGAUAAUGGGACUAUCACAAUUACUGAUUCGGGUAUUGGGAUGACAAAAGAGGAGCUUGUUGAUUGCUUAGGAACUAUUGCACAGAGCGGCACCUCAAAGUUCUUAAAGGCACUGAAGGAAAACAAAGAUCUUGGUGCUGAUAAUGGUUUAAUUGGACAAUUUGGUGUUGGAUUUUACUCUGCCUUUUUGGUUGCGGAGAGGGUUGUCGUGUCUACGAAGAGCCCAAGGUCUGACAAGCAGUAUGUUUGGGAAGCAGUAGCAGACAGUAGCUCAUAUGUCAUCAGGGAAGAGACUGAUCCUGAGAAGCUAUUGAAGCGUGGAACACAAAUCACUUUGUACUUAAGGCCUGAUGACAAAUAUGAAUUCUCGGACCCUGUCAGGAUUCAAAAUUUAGUGAAGAACUAUUCACAAUUUGUUUCUUUUCCAAUUUACACAUGGCAAGAAAAAUCAAGAACUGUUGAGGUGGAGGAAGAUGUAGAACCGAAAGAGGGAGAAGAAAAACCUGAGGGUGAGAAAAAGAAGACGGUCACCGAGAAAUAUUGGGACUGGGAGUUGACUAAUGAGACCAAGCCUAUAUGGAUGCGAAGUGCUAAAGAUGUUCCGAAAGAGGAAUACUAUGAAUUUUACAAGAAAACAUUCAAUGAAUUCUUGGAUCCAGUUGCAUAUACCCACUUCACAACAGAGGGAGAAGUCGAAUUUCGUAGUGUGCUUUAUAUCCCUGGGAUGGCACCUAUGAAUAACGAAGACGUUAUUAAUCCAAAAACAAAGAACAUACGGCUAUAUGUUAAACGAGUGUUUAUUUCAGAUGAUUUUGAUGGUGAAUUGUUCCCUCGAUAUUUGAGCUUUGUGAAGGGUGUGGUGGAUUCUGACGAUCUUCCACUUAAUGUUUCUCGAGAAAUUCUUCAAGAGAGCCGAAUUGUAAGAAUCAUGAGAAAAAGACUUGUACGAAAGACAUUUGACAUGAUCCAAGAUUUGGCAGAGGCUGAAAACAAGGAGGACUACAAAAAAUUUUGGGAGAACUUUGGGAAGUUUUUAAAAUUAGGAUGUAUCGAGGACACUGGAAAUCACAAACGUAUCACUCCUCUUUUGCGAUUCUACUCUUCAAAAAGUGAGGAAGAUUUGAUAGGCCUAGAUGAUUAUGUUGAGAACAUGGGCGAGAAGCAAAAUGCUAUCUACUACUUGGCGACAGACAGCCUUAAAAGUGCAAAGAGUGCUCCAUUUUUAGAGAAAUUAAUUCAAAAGGAUAUUGAGGUUCUAUUCUUGAUUGAGCCUAUAGAUGAGGUUGCCAUCCAGAACCUGCAGACAUACAAAGAAAAGAAGUUUGUUGACAUCAGCAAGGAAGACCUCGAACUUGGUGAUGAGGAUGAAGUUAAAGAACGGGAAACGAAACAGGAAUACAAUCUUCUUUGUGAUUGGAUGAAGCAACAACUUGGUGAUAAGGUGGCUAAGGUCCAAGUCUCGAAACGUCUUGCCUCUUCCCCUUGUGUGCUUGUUUCUGGGAAGUUUGGAUGGUCAGCAAACAUGGAAAGGUUGAUGAAGGCACAAACUCUUGGAGACACUUCAAGCCUAGAGUUUAUGAGGGGAAGGAGAAUUUUGGAAAUCAAUCCUGAUCACCCUGUUAUGAAAGACUUGCAUGCUGCCUGCAAGAAUGCACCUGACAGCAUUGAUGCCAAAAGAGCUGUGGAUCUCAUGUAUGAAACCGCACUCAUCUCCAGUGGAUUCACGCCCGACAGCCCAGCCGACUUGGGAAACAAAAUUUACGAGAUGAUGACGAUGGCCCUUGGAGGGAGAUGGGGCAGAUUAGAGGAAGCACCGGACUCUUCCGAAGACAAUUCAUCAGAAUCUGUUGCAACUGAAGGGGCUUCAGAACCCGAAGUAGUUGAGCCAUCCGAAGUAAUAGCGGAGAAUGACCCAUGGCAAGAUUGAUUGAUCAUAGUAGUAAUUAUUUGGCAAACUGAUUUUUUUUUUCCACAAAAAUUUGAUGAUUGACGGAUUUUAUGGAAGGGAUAGCUAGAAUUGUUAGAGUAUGGUGUGUUCUUGUCGUCAUUUGCGGGAAGUGAUAGUAUUAUUCUCGGUCAUGUGGUGAAAUAGCUUAGGAUACAACAAUACGAUUAUUCAGAAGAACAUAAUGUGUGUUUUUUCGCUAAUAAAAUGGAAGUUUGACUAA